UGACACUUGCCACAUCAAUCGAAACCGAGAUAUUUUUCUAAAGUGCGCAACUGACUCGAAGUGAGGAAAAUGAUUAUUCGCAGUUUGAAAGCCUGACACUUCAGUCGAAUUUCAAUCUUGUUCUUUCUCUCUCCAACAAUUGUCUCUGCUUUGUCAACCCUUAAGAGGGCCAAGCAUCUGUUUUCCAGGGAACAAUGUUAUACGCAAGAUUUAUUACCCUUGUUUUGUUGUUCCGAGGCCAGGCUGCUUACAUACAUGACUUCAUGGCUUUUGAACAAUUUUGGGAGCAAGAUGGCUCUGGAAUGGACGGCUCUGGGAUGGACGGCUCUGGGAUGGACAGGUCUGGGUUCAGCAUUAAAGAAUGGCCACCUUUCGAUGAUCCAUCGCAAACUUGUGACGGAACCAGGGAUCAAGUAAUCAACAUUACCUUCACGGACAUCACUGGGUGCUACCAAUUCCAAACGCCCUUUUUUAAUGAUGGCGGAUAUCUAAAUUCGACUGCAUUCGUUGAGACCAACAAAUUUUACAUUUGCCAAUUUGAUAAUCUGUUUGGCGACAAUGAUGUUAUGGGGACAGUGACCAUUUUCAAAGAAGGUUUCGAGUUCCCAAAAAAUGGCGAUUGUGUCGAUUAUUUUGGAAUCGGUGUUGUGGACGAAAUCAGAGAUCCCGAUGAUUUUAGCAACGUCGUGGGCUUUGACAUGUUUUGCGGAACACUCUCUUCGGACAAAGAGCGAACCUUCAAUUCCAAUUUCAUUUCUUUUGAAUUGUUUGCCGAUAGGACAAUCAGCGGUAAUGGCGCAGAAGUUCUUUUGUGUUUUGAUUGAAGCAAGAAGUGAGUUGGCUGCUCGUUUGCCGCGCGUAUGAGAAACAAAGUUUGAUAUGAAAGAUUAAAAAAAGAGAGAUGAAAU